AUGUCCUCUUCUCGCUCCAAUAUCUCCAUCAUGGUGCUUACUGCCUUCUCACCUGAGAUGUUUGUGUACAUGGAUUGUAAAAGGGCUAUGCGCUCCAUCUGUGAAUUUAUUGCAAGUCAGUGCAGCCGGGAACGGAAGGAUCACAAGCGCUGGCUACAUAGUGUAAUAGUCGCCGCCUAUUUCUGUCUUUCGGUGUGGCUAGUACAUCGAUCCCGUAUAAUUCUUGCUGAUCGAGAGUCUCUGAAAGCCGUCCUUGAAACGAUCGAACUUGGAAUUUCGGGUUCAAAAUCAUCUGUAAGCCCCGGUUUUGCUCUCGCUUCUGAGGCUGGUACUAAUUCCGCACCACCUCAGCCGGCCAUCUCGGUCUCUGGUUUACUAUCGGGCCAGACCGGAGUUGUGCUGAAAGCAGAUAAGCCAAUGGCACCUGCCUCAAGGAGAGUACGCGAAGCCGCU